CUUUUCGAACUUCAAUGAGGAUCUAGGAUAGGAUAGGCUUGCAUCCUCGAAUUAUUGGUGGGCAUGGAACGCCGUGACGUCAUACUGACAGCAGUUUUCGGAACAGUCGGUGCUCUCGCAAUUCUAGUAGGACUCGCAUUAGCAAUGUGGCUCUAUCUACGCGCCAGGAAGUCCAAGCAACGAGAUGACGAUCUCGAGGACCAAAAUGAUAAUGGCGACGCUUCGAGCCAACAACAAUCUACUAAGAAAAAUGGUUUUCUGAAUCUAAAGACACCUCUAAUCAGCACGAAGGCUCUUGGAGCGCAAUUAGAGACGACCGGUAGUCCCUCUAGCAAAUCUCCGGCAGGUGGUAGCGGUGGUCCCGCGAGCGGUGUAGCAGGAGCAACAGCGGCACCAGGAAGCGGCGCCAGCAAUGCCGGAAGCGUAGAACCCCGUACACCAACUGCCGGGCCACAAAACAAGCAAUUGCAGAAUGUCAAAGGAGAACAUCCCUCGAAAGCAUUUCUACAGAGCAGGUCCAUCUCCUUAGUCGAUAUGUACAUUGAUAAUUCGGAACCGAGCGAGAAUGUUGGCCAGAUUCACUUCAGUCUCGAGUACGAUUUUCAGAACAGUACGCUCAUUCUGCGCAUCAUACAGGGUAAAGAUCUGCCGGCGAAGGACUUGUCAGGCACUUCCGAUCCGUACGUACGUGUAACGCUGCUACCGGAUAAGAAACACCGACUCGAGACAAAAAUCAAAAGGCGCACGUUGAAUCCGAGAUGGAACGAGACGUUCUAUUUCGAAGGUUUUCCCAUACAGAAGCUGCAGAGCAGGGUAUUACAUCUACACGUCUUCGACUAUGAUCGAUUCUCGAGGGAUGAUUCCAUAGGGGAAAUGUUUCUGCCGCUUUGCCAGGUCGAUCUAUCCGAGAAACCAUCGUUUUGGAAAGCUCUUAAGCCGCCAGCUAAAGAUAAAUGUGGAGAACUCUUAUGCUCGCUAUGCUAUCAUCCGAGUAAUUCCAUAUUGACGUUGACUCUUUUGAAGGCGAGGAAUCUCAAAGCUAAGGAUAUUAACGGAAAAUCAGAUCCGUACGUCAAGGUAUGGCUACAGUUUGGCGACAAGAGGAUCGAGAAACGCAAGACUCCUAUUUUCAAAUGCACCUUAAAUCCUGUAUUUAACGAGGUAUUCUCCUUUAAUGUACCUUGGGAGAAAAUCAGAGAGUGCUCUUUGGAUGUAAUGGUGAUGGAUUUCGACAACAUUGGACGAAACGAACUGAUUGGUCGGAUUCAGCUCGCAGGAAAAAAUGGAAGUGGCGCGAGCGAAACGAAACAUUGGCAGGACAUGAUUACAAAGCCGAGGCAGACCAUCGUGCAAUGGCAUCGCUUGAAGCCCGAGUAAAGGACACGCUUAUCCUGAUCGACGAUAAAUGAUAUUCUGUCGGACAGGUUUUUCCCCCCUCCUGGGAUGCGUUACCCGUCAAAGUUACGUUAACGAAACCACUCUUUUUUUCUUUUCUUUUGCUCGAUAUCCUUCAUCCGAUCGCAACUGAUCUCGACAAGAGUACCCACCAACCCGUAUCCAUCAACGACUGUACAAUAUCCUCCUUUGCAUCGCGCGGAGUGCUCUUAGCGACGCUGGUCGUCGGGGAGCAGUGCCGAUUACGUGUUAAUCACAAUUAGGAAUCCGAGAUGUUCUCGUUAUUACCUGUUAUUGAGCUAUCAUUGCGUAUUAACGAGCAACGCAGUGGUGAAUUAUCAUUAUUACUAGUACAAUGGCGAAUCUGUCAAGCGUUUCGAGCAGAAAUUAAUAAUCGCAUCGACGGCGGCCGCAUCCGCAAGAGGAGGGACACAGCAAAUGGCUACGGGCUGAAAACUCAGUCUUCCGUCGUAGCGAAAUCGGGCAGCCUCUUCGGGUACAUCAGGUGCCAUUCUUCUUAUUUUCUCAACCUCUUCUUCUCCAUCCCUCCUUCCCAUUUUCUUAUCCGUGUCCGCCUCAUUACCGCCCGGUGCGGUGACACGGGAUCUGCGAUAUUAUACCGCAAGUAAAAUUGAUCGUUCUUUCCAGGACGAUCCCGAGCAUUUUGCUCGUCAGUUUUGCGCGAGUGUUUGAUAGAACGUCGCGUUUAAAUGUCCUAUAGGCGUUUUGCCGGGCUUUUAUAUUGUUUGAGUCUACGCGCGCUCGAGAACACAUCGAAACUCGAAAUAUUAAAAUCAAAGGAGCAAGUAGAUGAACAAGAUAUACAUCACAUUCUUCUACAAAGAAAGAGUGAUAUUUUUAUGAAUAAAAAUUCGCGUUAUUACGAUAGUGAUAGUCAGUUUAAUACUUCUUGUUGAAACUCAAUCAUAGAUCGAGAAUCUGCCUACAGCACGAAAUUUUGCUACUGCGACAAUUGACUCGAGGUAAAGGCAAUCAAACAAUGAUCGACAUAUUAUAUAUUGCUUUCUUUUACUUGCUCCUUCAAUUGUCUAAUUAGAAGAGAUUAUCUCAAGAGAAUGGAACCUGAAAUAUAAAGCCGGCGAGCUUUCUUAAACAAUAUGAUAAUGAAUAUCACGUCAGUGUAAUGACGAGGUUACAAAUUGCAUUCAAGUCGUUUAUAUUUCUAUUAAACGGUUAUUAUUAUGUAUUAAGAUAUAUUGCGUAAACCAGGAUCUGUCGAUAUCGCGAAAACUUAUUGUUUAUAUAACCGGACUUUGAUCGUUAUAGGAGUUAAAAAUUUCGUACAAACAUGUUAUAAGAAACGACGAUAAACGAAUCUGCACAUCUGCUUUAUUUAAAUAUAAUUUACUCGCAUUUUUGCAUCUGUAUCCUCAAAAUUACAUCUACAACAAAUUCCUUGGAAGUUUGCCCUUUCCCAAGACUAUUUCAAUGAAAUUUUCUAAUGAUAUAUUAUAUUUUUAAGUACGAUCAUCUUUUAAAACAUUA